AUGAUAUAAUAGAUUAAAUAUUACGAAGAAAUAGAAGAAUUUUUAAGCUCUUCACUUUAAUCUCAUGAAGGUCUCGACCUCUAUUUUAAUGAGAACUAAUUAAUUGAUGAAGAACAUGUAUCAAAGUUAGGUUCUGCUUUAGCAAAUUGCACUAAUCUCUCUAAUUUGUCACUUAGUAUUGAUGGCAAUUAAAUAGGUGUUUAAGGCGCUUUAGGCUUAAGUUCUGGUUUAGGAAAGUGCAUUAAACUUUAAAAUUUGGAACUUUGUCUUGAUAACAAUCAAAUUGAUCAUGAACCAGUAUCAGUCUUAGGCUCUGCUUUAGUAGAAAGCACUUAACUCUCAAAUUUGACACUUGAGCUUCGUAACAAUAUUAUUGGUUAUCAAGGUGUUUCAGGCUUUGACUUUAAUUUAGCAAAGUGCAAUAAUCUCUCCAACUUGAAAAUUUAUCUGAUCGGCAAUAAAAUUGGUGAUAAAGGUUUAUGUGAGUUAGGCUCUAAUUUACUUAAAUUCACUACAAUCACAAAUUUGACACUUGAUCUAGCAUUAAAUUCAAUUAGUGAUUAAGGUUUUUCAGGCUUAUACUCUGGCUUAGUAUAUUGCACUACUCUCUCAAAAUUGGAUCUUGAUCUUUAGUCUAAUUAUAUUGAAUUUUGUGUUUGCUCCAUAAUGAACAUUAAUUUCUAAAAUUUGACACUUAAUCUAAGUGAAAAUUCAAUUCAUAGUAAGGGAGCUUUUUAAUUAGGUUCUGGUUUAGCAAAGUGUUAUAAUCUCUCAAGUUUGACACUGCAUCUUAGUGGCAAUUAAAUUUAAAAUGAAGGUGCACAAGUUUUAGGUUCUACUUUAGCAUAGUGCAAUAUUCUUACUAAUUUGACACUUUAUCUUGAUGGCAUUUAAAUUUCCUCUGUAGGUGUAUAGUCCUUAGGUUCUAGUUUAAGAAAGUUCUCUAACCUCACAUAUUUGAAACUUAGUCUUUCUUAAAAUUAAAUUUGUGAUGAGGGUUCAUAAAGCUUAGGCUCUGAUUUAGUAACACGCCAAGAUCUCUAGAAAUUAACACUCUAUCUAGCAGGAAAUAAUAUUGGACAUAAAGGUGCAUCAGACUUAAGUUCUGCUAUAGCAUAAUGCACUAAUCUCUCAAAUUUAGGACUUCAUCUAAAGAAGAAUUAAAUUGGUGAUGUAGGUGUAUCAUGUUUAGGUUCUACUUUAGAAAAGUGCACUAAUCUCACAAAUUUGGAACUUGGUUUUUCUAACAAUUUCAUUAGUAAUGAAAGUGGAUCAGUCUUAGGUUUUUCUUUAGGAAAGUGCACUAAUCUUUAAUAUUUGAGACUUGAUCUUCAAGAUAAUUAAAUUAAUGAUGUAGGUAUAUCAGACUUAUGUUUUGGUUUACGAAAGUGUCCUAAUCUCUCAAAUUUGUCACUUUUUUUAAGUGUUAAAGAGAUCAAUAAAUCAUAAUAAUUUAAAGUAAAUAGAAAGUAUCUUAAAUUAAAAAGAUUAGUUGUCUUUAGAAUAGUUUUCUUUUCAUGA